ACAAAUUGUGAACUAACGUUAGAUGUUUCGUCCUGCGUCGUUCGUACUAAUCUUACAGUGUUUCCCCUCUUUAGAUCAGCCUAUUGGUAAUCUACUCUUCCACGAAUGAAUGCUGACAUAUGUCUAACACCACUGUGGCUGCAUUUUGUCGUUUAACUGUUGCCGCCCACGCUAGCAACGUUAGCUGCUACCGUUAGCAGGGGAUGCUGAAGCGCAAGUUUCCAAACCUUUAAGAUAGCGGUCAUAACUGUAUUGAUAGUCCAGAUGGGUUUACUUUGAUCACUUGUUUGUAGGUAACUAGAUGUUUUGGCUAGCCCGGAGUGUGACCGAUUAUCAUCUGAAUUUGUAAAUGACCAAAGUAACGAGCUAGCGCUAGUUGCAACAAAGUUCAUCGUCAUGUCUAAUCAGCUGACUGCAGAGCAACAGCGGAAGAUUGAGGAAAACAGACGGAGGGCUUUGGAGAGAAGAGCCCAAAGACUUGGACAGACUACCAGCAGCAAUAAGCAGACCUCUGUAGGCUUCAGCGGUAGUUCAGUGCAGUUACAGCCCUCGAAACAGAACGGUAACUCAGAUCCUGCUACCCUCUCUCAUCACAGAGAGACACCCAGCUCAUCUUUUGCACCUAAACGGUUUGUUCCACCCAUCACAAAAGACUCCCAGAGCUUCUGUGACCAAAACCAAGGCCCAAAGCAUCAGCAUUUAUCUGGCACUGGCAACCAAAUCAUCCAGGGUAAUCCGUGUGCCUCUGCUUCUUCGAGACAGAUGCAACUCAUCGACCCGCUUCCUCAGACAAGGAAUCAACACGUGAGCAGCCCCGUCUUGACUAGCGCAGGAAGCUUUGGUGUGAAGCCUGCUCAUCCCAAACCUAACCUCACCUCCACCAGCUCAGGUGGUGCAGUUGGCUUUUUCUACAAGCAAACUAAUAAACCUGCACAAAGUCCUGUGGCACAGCUUCCCUCAAACUCAUCAACUCUGAGUGUUGUACCUGCAAAAAAGCCUGCCAUCUCUGUAAGAGGAAAAUGUGUACCUCAUACAGAGGACCGCUUCAGAGUAGAAGUGGGCUACCAUGCAGGGCUUAUUGCAGUUUUCAAAUCCAUCCCUUCAAAGAACUAUGACCCUGCCACAAAGAUGUGGAACUUCAGUCUGGAGGACUAUCAACAUCUAAUGGAGGAAGCAGCUGCUAUCGCCUCCGUGUCUUUGAGGCCUUUGCCGGGAAUGGACGCAGUGGAUGUUGCGGCGGCCACCAGUCGAGCUCGUGACGGCGCAGCACUGGGAGCGCUACUGAAGCUGUGUAACGACUGGCACAAGCCUGGAGCCAUUGUGCAGGGCCAGUGCAUCCUGGUCUCUCAGACAAAGUUUGAGGUUGACGUCGGGUAUAAUGUCGACGUCAUUGCGGCGUUCAAGCAAAUGCCAACGAAGAACUAUGACAUGAAAACAAGAAAGUGGAGCUUUUCACUUGAGGAUUACAAGAGACUCAUGGAUCUCCUCAGUGGGAUAGCAGCAGUGGAGGUGGAGCCUCUGCCCAGGGCAAUAGUCCAGGCUUUCUCUGCCAGGUUUGACGGGACUGAAGCCAGGUCUUUAGACGUCCCUGAGGCAGACCUCUCCAGCAUCGACCCCUCGCUCACCCACAGUCUCAUGCCCUUCCAGAGGGAGGGAGUCAAUUUUGCAGUGUCUAAACAAGGCCGCCUCCUCCUGGCUGAUGACAUGGGCCUGGGGAAGACUGUGCAGGCCAUCUGUAUAGCAGCCUACUACAGGACUGAGUGGCCCUUGCUGGUGGUGGCUCCCUCCUCUGUGCGAUUCACCUGGGCUGAGGCCCUCAGACGCUGGCUCCCCUCCCUGAAUCCUGACAGCAUCAACGUAGUGGUGAAGGCCAAAGACAACCUGCGGUCGGGUUUGGUCAGCAUCAUCAGUUACGACCUCCUGAGCAGGAUGGACCGGCAGCAGCCAGGAAGCCCCUUCAGAGUUCUCAUCAUGGACGAGUCUCACUUUCUGAAGAACAUGAAGACGGCUCGUUGCAAAGCAGCAUUGCCUUUGCUGAAGGCAGCGAAGAGAGUGAUUCUUCUGUCUGGGACCCCUGCCAUGUCCAGACCCUCUGAGCUCUACACCCAGAUCCUGGCAGUCAGACCCACACUCUUCCCUCGCUUCCAUGAGUUUGGGAUGCGCUACUGCGAUGCCAAACAGAUGACAUGGGGGUGGGACUACUCAGGCUCAUCUAACCUCGGUGAGUUGAAGCUGUUGCUGGAGGAAUGUCUGAUGUUGCGCCGCCUCAAGUCCGACGUCCUCUCCCAGCUUCCCGCUAAACAACGCAAGGUCGUCACAGUGACCAUAGAUGGUAUCAACACCCGCACAAAAGCCGCUCUGUCAGCUGCUGCCAAGCAGUUGACCAAGGGGAGUUCCAAUAAAAAGGAAGAGAAGGAAGCCCUCCUCAUCUUUUAUAACCACACAGCUGAAGCCAAGCUGCAAGCCAUUAUGGAGUACAUCACAGACUUGCUGGAGGGUGGGAGGGAGAAGUUUCUAGUGUUUGCCCAUCAUAAGUUAGUCCUGGAUCAUGUUACCAACGAACUGGGAAAAAAGAAUGUCGAUUACAUCCGUAUUGACGGGACCACUCCGUCAGCUGAACGGCAGCAGCUGUGUGAGAAGUUUCAGUACUCCACCAACACCUGCGUGGCUGUACUGUCUAUCACCGCGGCUAAUAUGGGACUCACCCUGCACUCUGCUGACCUGGUGGUCUUUGCUGAACUUUUCUGGAACCCCGGGGUUCUCAUUCAGGCAGAGGAUAGGGUGCACCGUAUUGGACAAACCAGCAAUGUGAACAUUCACUACCUGGUUGCCAAGGGAUCUGCUGAUGAUCACCUGUGGCCAAUGAUCCAGGAAAAAAUGAACAUCUUGGAGCAAGUGGGUCUGUCUGAGUCAAACCUCUCAGACAACGCAGUGAACGCCAGCUUUCACUCCAAGGACCCUAACCAGAGGAGCAUCAUGGAGAUGUUCCAGAGAUCUUUCAAUGCGGAUGACGACAUGGAUGAAGCCAUCUUGCUGGAGGCUGCAAACGAGUGGGAGGACAGCCCACCUGAAAACAGCUCUGGUAAACACCAUGGCAUGGUCGAACAAAGCCCCAGCAAAAGGAGCAUCAAAGACUAUUUCAGCAGAUGACUCAGAAACUUUCCAUGUUGACAUUUCAUAUUAAUGUCACUUUGUUUUGCUCACUGGAACAAGCCCCAGUUUCUAGUUUUUCAGCCUAUCAUGACUGAUAUGAACGUAUUAAUACAUGCUGCAGUUUUUUUAAUCAAUGUAAAAAUAACACCUUUUUUUUUGCGAAAAACAGAAAAUAAAUAAAUG